CCUCCAUUCGAGUUUUUUUGGUUUCUCUAUAAAAACUGCGUGAUGUGGCAUAUCUUUGUCAUUCACUUGCCGGUAUUUCAGUAUCAAAGUGGUCUUACGAUCAAAACAUAUAGAAAAGAUGUUCAAAUUUGUGGUUUUGGUUGCCAUUUUCGGGCUUGCUGUCGCCCAAAGACAAUACUCUGUUAGCCCCGAAGCAGCUGCUGAAAUCAGGAGCUACGCUAGUGAUAUCAGCCCUGACGGUUCCUACCAAUAUGCCUUCGAGACCAGCAAUGGAAUCGCUGCCCAAGAACGUGGUAUCGGAGGUGUCCAAGCUGCCGGCGCUUCUUCAUACACUUCACCUGAAGGCAUUCCAAUCCAACUUACCUACACCGCCGACGAAAAUGGAUUCCAACCACAAGGAAACCAUUUGCCACAACCACCACCAAUCCCAGAAGCCAUCCUCCGAUCCCUGCAAUGGAAUGCUGCUCAUCCAGAAGAAGAACGUGAACAAAUCAACACUCUUCCUUUGAGACGCUUCUAAAGUAAAUCAAUGUUAGGUAUAAGUUAAUAAAAAAUUAUUUAAACUA